CUUUGCGAUUCAGCGUUAUAUACGGCAGAGGCGGCUGCGGUGCCAUGGGGUCCGACCGCGGCGCGCUCGUCUGAAUCGGACGCUCCGAGUUCCUCGGGUCCUGGGUCCGUUCUGUCCCGCCCCCAGGUUCGCUCCUCGGGCCCCCAACCUGUGGUUCGGCUCCUCAAGCUCCCGGCCUUGACGUCUGCAGAACGAAAUGGGCACAGUCAUGAAUGCCUCGGACGGGAAAGAGCCGCUGCUCCAGCCCUACAGCUUCGAGCUGCUAGAGGACCUAAGGCCCUUUUUGGAGGAGUACUGGACAGCCUCAUUUCCCAUAGCUCUGAUCUACCUGCUGUUCAUCUUUGUGGGGCACAACUACAUGAAGGCACGGAAGGGCUUCAACCUGCAGGGGCCUCUCACCCUUUGGUCCUUCUGCCUCGCAGUCUUCAGUAUCCUGGGGGCAGUGAGGACGUGGGGCUUUAUGGGAACUUUGACACAUAGGCAUAGCCUAAAGCAAACUGUGUGCUUCACCACCUUCCUCCACGAUUCUGUAGUCAAAUUCUGGUCCUGGCUCUUUGUUAUCAGCAAGAUCAUUGAACUUGGAGACACAGCCUUCAUCAUCCUGCGUAAGCGGCCACUCAUCUUUGUGCACUGGUACCACCACAGCACAGUGCUAGUGUUCACAAGCUUUGGAUACAAGAACAAGGUGCCUGCAGGCGGCUGGUUUAUGACCAUGAACUAUGGUGUGCAUGCUAUCAUGUACACCUACUACACUCUGAGGGCUGCCCAAGUGAAGCCCCCCAGGUGGUUUCCCAGGCUCAUCACCAGCCUGCAGAUCCUGCAGAUGUUUAUGGGGGCCACUGUCGUCGUCCUGGCUUACACCUGGAGACAGGAACAGGGAUGCCACACCACAACGGAACAAUUCUUCUGGUCGCUCCUGCUGUAUAUAACCUACUUCAUCCUCUUUGCCAACUUCUUCUACAAAACCUACGUAAUGCCCAAGGUUAAAGACAAGACCAAGAGCGAGUAAAGGGUUGGAGAAAAAGAAGGGGCUCCAUGGAGGGGUUUGGUUUAGGUUUGGGAGAAUGAUUAGGAGGUUUUCCCUGCGUGGUUUCCCCACAGGAUGUGUGCCCCAAGGUGGCAGGAAGUUAUGACAGACAAGAAACGUCAACCAUGGGAAGGGGAUGUGGUGUAGUACUUUGAUGUUUCUGUUUUUAAUAUGAAGGCCAAGCAGACCCUGAGAUGGGGCUGGGACUGGGGAGGAUUCCCACAGCCGAAUUAUUUAUAUUUCUAUAUAGAAACCUUCCUCUUCUUGCUCUAUUUUUUAAUUAAAUAUUUCAAGGAGACUUCUAGUUUGGGGGAAUUUGGGGGAAGAAGGGAUCUGCUGUGGUGGGAAAUGGCUGCUGGCAAUGGGAUGAUCAGUAGGUUAGACGUCUAAGAGGAUGUGUGGAUGAGAAGCACACACGCAGACACUCAAUAAGAAUCCUAGUUUCGGUAGGCACUUAAUAAAUGUCUGUUACAGA